AACGAUAUUUCAACACGUAUCGUGACGAGCUCGAAUCAGAACCUAUCAGAAUUUGGUGAAAACACCUUUGAUUCAUUAUUCCGCAUCAUGGUCAUGACUCGCGUCGACUCUUUGAUGAUCAAGAGUUUCAGAGCACGGUAUUUGUAUUUAAUCUGAUGAUGCAUUUCUGAUUUUUCUUUCGUUGAAAGCACUGCCAACCGAAUUCACAGACUUAUUUAGGGUUCGCACAGGCGCGGAGGCGCGCCUUCUUGUGCACCGCCCGCCUAUUGCAAUUGAUGAUGAGUCGGUACAUACUCAAUGAAUUUACCUUGCUCUAGUAAGUAUUCAAAAUGCUGUUAACUGUGAAAAGGAGCCUUCUCCGUCAUCACUAUAUUCCCUCGUUUUCCUUCGCCCAACGCUUCAAGCCUCGAUACCCACCCCCCACCGUCAUCCCUGUAUAAUGCCUGCGUCGAGGCAAAUCCACCCUCUACUCUCUAAUCAGCCAUUCACAAUGAUAGAGGGGAUCCAGAAUCCUUCGCUCCUUUCAUGGAACAUCCGCGAAGCACCGUCAACUGUUUUAGUUCGCGUUAACACGGUUCAACCGCCACGGUUACUUCGAUCUCACGAACUAUCAGCUCCCGCUACACGACCUCCACUCACUCACUUGCGUAUUCACUGUGGAAUCAUACCUGACUCGGACACUUGGUAUAUCGAAACACAAAAUCUUUCAGGAGUAACAGUGCGAAAUGUGUUAGAUGCAAUAUACGAUGCAUUCAAACAACCAUUCUCGCAUGAAUCAUUUAAUACUUUGUGUCCGAAGACUCAAACGAUAGUCUUGAACACAUUCUACGCUCGUGUGAGAGCGGCUGGUGCACUGGAUCUUUCGAGGGCAGUCUGGGAGGAGGGAAUACAACGAGGUGAUUGUUUGAUGCGACAUUCUUGGUUUGGAGGGCUCUCUGUGUCGUUUGAAGGUAGACCCGACAUGGAGAAUACGUGUAUAUUGUCAGUAAGGAGGAUCGACGACGAAGCUAAUUUGCCAUCGCCAACCCGUGUCGUACCCUCACCGUUUCGGUAG